UGCCUCAAGCAUAUGCCAUGAAUGGAGGAAAUGGACCUCAAAGCUAUGCCCAAAACUCAUCCUAUCAGAGAGGAGCAGUAGACGCUGCAAAAGAACUUAUCAAAGAAGAGAUUGACAAAGAACUUGAUGUCAAGCAACUUUCUUCAACCUCUGUGCAUCCAUUUCGAAUAGCAGAUUUUGGCUGUUCUACAGGACCAAAUACAUUUGUGGCCAUGAAAGCGAUAAGAGAAGCCCUGGAGGAAAAACUCAGAAAAGAGGGACUAGCAUCUGAAGUCCCUGAGUUUCAAGUCUUUUUUAAUGACCAUAUAUCUAAUGAUUUCAACACACUUUUUGCUUCACUUCCACCAGAGAGACACUACCUUGCAGCUGGAGUGCCUGGUGAUUUCCACAAGGUUUUGCUCCCAAAGGCAUCCCUUCAUUUUGCUCACUCGUCGUGCACGCUUAACUGGCUUUCAGAUGUGCCAAAUGAGGUUACAGACAACAUGUCCCCUGCAUGGAACAAAGGAAAGAUUCACCACGGAGGGGCCAAAAAGGAACUUCUUGAGGUUUAUGCAUCUCAAUUUGCCAAGGACCUGGAGUCAUUUCUGAAUGCAAGGGCACACGAGCUCGUCGAUGGAGGGUUGAUGGCCCUUGUUAUUCCUACUGUCCCUGAUGCCAUCCGUGAAUCUCAGACAACUAUCGUCCCAGAGAAAGGAUAUGAAGUUCUAGGAUCUUGUCUCAUGGACUUGGCUAAGAAGGGACUGGUUGAUGAAUUGAAAGUGGAUACGUUCAACAUACCACUAUAUUACGCAUCUCUUAAUGAGAUAAAGACCCUGAUGAAGGCAAAUGAACAUCUAAAUGUUCAGAGAAUGGAGAUAUUAAGCAUUCCAGGAAAGCAUGAGUUUUUGUCCAACCCUUGUGGAAUUGCUUUGCACCACAGAGCUGUCUUAGAGGGACUUCUAGAGAAACAAUUUGGAAGUGAUAUCAUGGAUGAAUUGUUUGAACUGUUUACGCAGAAACUCGCAGAGUCUUCCUCUCUCUUUAACCCUGAGAAUCAGGAUGUGGUUCUUAUUUUUGUCCUCCUGAAGCGAAAAAUGAGAACAUGAAACAAAUUUAGUGGACCUUAUGGAUUGUGCUGGUGUUGUUAGUUUCCGAAGGGCAACCCAAGAAAUGGCUUUGAAACAGCUGCUCCUGACUGUGGAACAUUAGCUUGCAUAAUCCAGCAUAUCUAGAAGCUAUCCAUUG